UUUUUUUCGUAAAAUCGUAAAAUGGUGUUGCUCGCGAGCGUGCGAUGAUAUUUUAAAUAAUUAAAUUUGAUAGAAAAAUGUUAUUUUAAUACGCAAUUGCAAAUUAAAUCCAUUUCCAAUUGUAUACUAUUGAAAUUUUACUGAAAAAAAUGAUGAAAUUCGUGUGAAUUCGUGCUGUUUUAAUUUAUUUAUAUUUUGUUGGGCCAAACCAAAACCUAUAUGUAGUCACUCCGGUGCUUUCGAGUCGAGUUGAAAUUUUAGAGAUUGGGAGAGUUGAAUUUGCAUACAACAAUGGCGUCUCCGUUUUCUUCAUCAUCGCCAUCAAAACAACAAGAACAAAUUGCAACAUCGAAAAAAAAUACUGUGAAUGUGAAUAAUUUGCUUAGCAAAAACACAAAUGAAUCUCUCGCUACAGCGACAGCCACUGAAAUAGUGCAAAUUAUUCAAAAUGUUAACAAAAUUCCCAUUCCUACUAUUCCCAUAAAAAUAAACGGGGGCGCUGAACCCCAAAUCGUUUGUCCGGCAACGGCAAUCAAAUCCGACGAAACACCAAACAUUUCUGGAGCCAAAAUGGCUGCUGAGGUGAAUCAUGUAAAUCACGUAGGUGGCAAAGAAAAACUACUGUCAAAGGAGGCGCGCUCCGCAGCCGCCGAGAACCGCGAACAUGUCGAAGUCGAAGUGGUUGGUGCAUUUGAAGGCAGAGCUGAGCUCUUCCCAGCACCUGCCAAGACCAAAAAGUAUUCAAUUGAAUUAGAUAAAGAUAAAAGCGCAAUUAGUUCUUCAUUGCACCAGCAGCCACCUGCAAAGGGUGGUCAAGGUGACACUGGAAUCAGUGCUAAAGACGAUCAGUCGCGAAGUCAUAAGAAGAAAAAGAAGGAGAAGGAUCGGUAUCGUGAUCGUGACAGGACCAAGGAUAAAGAUACCGAUCGUGACCGUCACAGGGACGGGGAGAAGGAUCGUAGUGCGAAGAAUAAGAGCGACAGUAAAGAUAGAAGUCGCAGUAAGCAUCAUGAGGGGAAGAAGUCCUCUCGGGACAAGGACAAGGGCCGACAUGAGGAUCGCAGUAGCAGUGCAAAGCAUAAAUCUGCUUCAAGGGACCAUGAAAAGUUACAGGAAAGAAGACGCAGUUCAGAGAGCAGUCGAAGCAAUCAUUCUUCCAAAUCCUCAAGCUCAGUAUCAAAUAAAAAACCCAAAACUCCCGAGAGACGACGCAGUUCAAUUCAACUCACUCAAAUUUUGGAUAAAUCAAUUAAAAUUCCCAUGGAGUGUCCAAAAUUGGAAGACAAGUCUCUCCAAACAAAGACCAGUGAGGAGCUUAUAAAGAAACAAAUUGCAGUUCCAUCAAAAACCGACAUUGGCUUUGUAGAAGUCAAACAGGAACCGUCACAAUCUAUCAAAGUUGAAGAUAAUAAAACUCCUAGUAUUGUUUCGCUUCCCCAACCAGAAAUAGCUGCCAUUCCCAUGGAAAUUAAACAGGAAAUAGUAGCACCAAUCCAACCGAAAAUAAGUUGCGAAAAUAAACCAGAACCAAUGGAAAUUGAUGAAAAGCCGGAUAAGAUUCCAUUGAAAUCCAAAUCCGACAUAAAGUUGGAAAUAACUUCAGUAAAAAUGGAGCCAGAGUUAAAGUUGGAAAUUGGUUCGCUUAAGACCGAUAUUGCAGAACCUCUAACUCCACAUACCCCUUCGCCUAUUGAAACAAAAGAUAAAAUCUCAUUUGAUAUCGUUACUGCGUCUUCAAUAGAAACACCCUCAGUUCCAUCAUUAGAAAAUGAAAUAAAGGCCAAGCCAACAACACCCAUACCUGCGUUGUUGGAUGAAACGAUAGACCAGGCACUCGUUGUCGCCGCCGAAAAAACGGGACCAAUGUCAGAGAUUAAUAAAAUCCCACAGGUCGAUCCUGUGGUUAUACCGAAAACACCGACGAAAUCGUCAAGCAUUGUUGACGAAGACUCUCUAAUUCCAAAAACACCUUCCGUAUCUGUGAUUGAAAAUAAUGAAAAUGCUACAUUUUCGCCUUCUUCAAAAAGGAUAGAGGCAAAAAGAACGUCGUCUGACUUGGGAAUCAUAAAACCAGCAGCGACGUCUUCUGCAGUUAAACUAAGCGCAUCGGAAAAUAAAAAGAAUGUGGAAACACCAUCAUCAGUGCAGUUGAAAGUUAGGACCCCCGGUGGAGGAGGAGAAUUAACACCCAAGUCCAAAAAAGCUGAUAAAACACUCACCGAAGUGACGAGGGUUUUGAACUUCAACAACACCAAUGCAGGUAAACAGGUUUUAAAAGCUGAAUCAACCAGUCUCGCAAGCCCAGAAAUUGUAAAGAAACAACCUAUAGCUACCACAAAGGCUGUUCUCCAGCCGGUACCAGUGCCUGUCAAUCACAACAACAAUCAUAUGAUGAAAAUGCCAGAGAACAGCAGCGUUAGCAAAUCUGCAAAUCAGCAGCAGCAGCCAGCAAAAGUUUUGCCAACGACUGCUGAGACGACCGCCACACCAAAGGUUAACCACGAGACUAAAACAAAUCAUUCCUUAUCAAGCUCAUCGCAGAGCAGCAAUUCGUACUCUCGGAAAAAUAGUGCAGCCAGUAACAGCAGCAGCAGUAGUAGCCAUCAUAAGUCAUCGGGAAAACAUUCAUCGUCGUCAACGAGCAGCAGAGACUGCUCUAAGUGCUAUAAGCGCUCAAAAAUUCGACGAACUAGUGUGGGCACUCAAUGCAUGCAAAUUGCUCCUGCGGCAACAAACUUUGAACGAGUUCCCUCCCAUUCUAAUAACAUGAAUUAUACACGGAAGGGAUUAGAAGAUCUAAAGUACGGUCGAUUUUUCCGUAUUGAAUUGCACCCGAAUGGAGGAGCAACCGUGGUGCAUAUGUAUCAGAGUGAAAUUGAUACACUGCCUCCAGAAGAAAUGGAUGAUUUGGUGGAGGAGUUCUUUAGGGUGUGUUUUGCAGAAGACGACGAUGGGUAUGCCCAUCAUGUGAUGGGAAUAGUUCAUGAUUCGGCGGCAUAUUUGCCCGAUCUGCUGGAACACAUGGCUGAUAAUUAUUCAACAUUGACAGUUAAAGCUGGAGUACUGGGACGUAAUUCCGAUAUUGAAACAUGUACCAUGAGUCAAUAUAAUGAGCAGGUUGCGAAAAAUUAUUCCCAAGGAACAUUUCGAUAUGGUCCAUUGCAUCAGAUAAGUUUGGUUGGUAAAGUCCAUGAAGAGGUUGGCGGAUAUUUUCCUGAUCUGCUUGGACGUAUUGAAGAUAAUCCAUUUUUAAAAAAGACGAUGCCUUGGGGUCCAACCUCGAUUCUACAGUCCGAUCCGAGACUAUCAAAUGAUGGACCCAUUUUGUGGAUACGAGCAGGAGAGCAAUUAGUACCGACAGCUGAAUUAAAUAGCAAGACGCCGUUGAAGAGACAAAGAACGCGAAUAAACGAAUUGAGAAACCUCCAAUACUUGCCCAGACUAUCUGAAGCAAGAGAAACUAUGAUAGAGGACCGAACUAAGGCUCAUGCUGAUCAUGUUGGUCAUGGUCAUGAGCGAAUAACCACUGCCGCAGUUGGCAUUUUAAAAGCAGUUCAUUGUGGUCAACCUUAUACACAAAAUCGUGUAACUAAGGAUGUGGUCGCAUUUGCUGCUCAAGACUUCAACUAUUUAGUUGAGAUGUUGCAGUUAGAUUUGCACGAACCACCCAUAUCGCAAUGUGUGCAGUGGAUUGAAGAUGCAAAACUCAACCAGCUCCGAAGGGAAGGCAUUCGAUAUUCCCGAAUACAGCUUUGUGAUAACGAUAUAUAUUUUUUGCCCCGUAAUAUAAUUCAUCAAUUCCGUACAGUGACAGCAGUAACAAGUAUAGCUUGGCAUCUUCGAUUGAGACAAUACUAUCCUGGCCAAGAAGUAAUCAACGAGAAGAACAACCCCAUUCUAGCUGAACCACCUCACUAUAAGGAAAAACAAACAAUACUCCCGCAUCCGAUUUCAUUGCUCGAAGAUAAGAAAUCCACACCCUGCAAGCGUACCCACGAUGGCAAGGUUAAAAAGUCGGACAAAAAGCUUGCCGACUUUGAUAAGAGACGGUCUAGCGAAAGUGGAGCCGAAGAAACCAACUCCACUCAAAAAGAAUGUGGCAGCGAAUCCCCUGGAAGCUCCUCGACAAAGAAAAAUAUUUCCAAAGAAGAGGCUAAGAUCGACAUGAGGAAACUAGUUCUCGAUCCACAUAAAGUCCACAAAAAUUCUAAAUCUUCUGUGACCCCAACUACGGUUAAACACAAGAGUACAGCAGCAGCGGCAGCAGCUUCUACUGCCAGUUCUUCUUCAGGAUCUCUGCAAACAACAGAGCCGAGACCUAAAAAAUCAAGUAGCAGCAGUAGUAAUUCUUUAGGUAAUAGUAAGAAUAGUGUAAGGACCAACAGCAAGAGCAAAGGUAAAUCCUCAUCAUCUGGACAUUCUAAAAAUAGUAGCAGCAGCAGCAGUAGUAGUAGUAUACACCGACAGCGAGAUUACGACCGCGAUCGAAAGGACUCGGCAACGCAAGUCGUAGGCAUUGUUGCCAAAGUGCAAAUGCCAGAUAAACCUCAGCAGCAAAGCAGCGGCAGCAUCAAGAAAAUUUCAACGACGAUAGCUCCCAAUUUCCAUGUCAAAGCUGUCAAUGUCGGCAUCGAUACGAAGAGAACUCCUCCGAAGAUCCCAGAACCGCCACCACUUCCCACUCCGUCGGCAUUUGCGGAUAAAGAUGCCUACCUCAAUAGCUUAAAUCAAAAACAACCCGAAAUUAAAAUCCAAGUACAAAUUAUUUCCGAUGAAAAAAUCCAUCCACCGGUGCCGGUGGCGCCAGUGUCAGUGCCAGUGCCGGUGUCUGUGGUGAGUGUCGUGACCAGCAAUGAAGGCACUAAAAAUACACGGGAAGUAAUACAAGGUGGUGACGUCAAUUCAAGUAAUAUAUGUGUCGGUUUAGGUAUAGGAUCCCCACUCAUUGUUAGCCAUGAAGAAGACUUGAUUGUGGCGGAAGAGGUAAUAAUCGAUACAAUAACUCACCCACCACCAUUGCCUCCACUACCACCACCACCGAAGGCAUCGCCACCUCCGUUGCCUCCUUCAUUAGCCCCCUCAACACCUCCACCACCUCCUCCACCCUCGAUGCCAGCAAAUAGUUCCUCGUUGGGAGGAAAUCCAGUUGUAGCCUUAGCAGAGAACCGGACAAAAAUCUCCUCGAACAUACGAACCAAGUCGCAGAUAAUGUCGUCCUCGCCAGCAGCAGCAGCAGCAAAUGUGUCAAUUAGCAAGAGCAAUAGUGGUGGGGCUAAGCCAGACCUUCUGAGCUCAAUCAUGGCAAGUAUGGACAACAGUACAACAACGAGUGCGCGGAACAACAUCACAUCAUCGUCCUCCUUCUAGUUUGAAAUUUUCGAAUUUAUUUUCGACUUCCAACACCAACGAACCUACCCACUAUCAACUACUCUCCCCCAAUCCAUUGGAAAUAUAUACAUACAUAAUUAUUUUAAUUUAUUUCUUCAUCCACUUUCUCCUGUCUAAACAAUCCUCCCUCCCCACUAAAACAAAAAAAAAAAAAAACUUAGCCAUGUGUACAGUCGUGUGGUACCUAUCGAGAAAAAUCACUAUCAGCUAAUCAAAAUCAUAAGUUAUUAAAUAUUAAAAAUAAAAAAAACAAAAAAAAAAA